GUGUUUAGCCAGUCCGCUACAUUGACACUGUUCUGUGAAACUGAUACUUCGUGAACGUAGAUGUCGUGAUUCGCUUCGGUGAAUCGUCUGGAGUUCCGCUGAACUGUGAAGCCACGUCGCUCAUUGGCCAGUAUUAGUUCCCUUUGACUACUUCGGCUUCUGCUAUUGGCUGAGCCGCAGCCUGCCCGUGGACCCGCCUCCUCCCAGCAAAACGGACAGAUUCUGAUUGAUAAUUUAAAGGCAGUCUUUCUGUUCAUCCUUCCAGUACGCGUCUCCACCGUUUUUACACAAAGUGUUUCAGCCAGCCAGUCUUACCGCACGACCCAAGCGGACACCAAGCUCCCAGCGGUCCCGGGUGAAGCCUCGGUGGCGUGAAGGCAGGUGUUGAGGACUGUCUUUCUCUCUCUGCCUCAUUCUGUUGUUCUGAGUCAUGGCGUCCUCUCUGCUCAGCAGGCAGCUGGUCCUCUCCCUCCAGCAGAACCUCAGGCUCACUGCACCAGGCUGCAGGUAUGUGAGUAAGGCAGCAGCUAAGACUCAGAUGGAGUUUGAAUACGAUGGGCCGUCCAUGAAGACCGAGGUCCCAGGACCCCGUUCCAAGGAGCUGACCAAACAGUUGGGAGAGAUUCAGAACGUGGGAGCAAUCAAUUUCUUCUGUAACUAUGAGGAGAGCAGAGGAAACUACCUGGUGGACGUGGACGGAAACCGCAUGCUGGACGUCUACACACAGAUCUCCUCUAUUCCUAUUGGAUACAACCAUCCCUCACUCAUUAAAGUGAUGUCCAACCCCAACAAUAUGAGUGCGUUUGUGAACAGGCCAGCUCUUGGGAUCAUGCCACCAGAGAACUUUCCAGAAAAGCUGGCAGAAAGCCUUCUCUCAGUUGCUCCUAGUGGUAUGAGCCGUGUUCAGACCAUGGCCUGUGGAUCCUGCUCCAAUGAGAAUGCAUAUAAAGCCAUGUUCAUCUGGUACAGAAAUAAGGAGAGAGGUCACAACAUCCCCUCUGAUGAAGACGUGAGCUCCUGUAUGAUCAACCAGAGUCCUGGCUGUCCAGACUUCAGCAUCCUGUCAUUUAUGGGUGGAUUUCAUGGCAGAACAAUGGGUUGCUUGGCAACGACGCACUCCAAGGCCAUCCACAAGCUGGAUGUGCCGUCAUUUGAUUGGCCGAUCGCUCCCUUCCCUAAACUGAAGUACCCUCUGGAGGAGUUCACACGGGAGAACGCACAGGAAGAGGCCCGCUGCCUGGAGGAGGUAGAGGACCUGAUAGUUCAGUGGCGUCAGAAGGGCCGGCCGGUGGCUGGGAUAGUGAUAGAACCCAUCCAGGCUGAGGGAGGAGACAACCACGCAACACCAGACUUCUUCAAGAAGCUACGGAACAUCGCACACAAGCAUGGCAGUGCGUUCCAUGUGGAUGAGGUGCAGACAGGGGGAGGAGCUACGGGGAAGUUCUGGGCUCAUGAACACUGGGGGAUGGACGACCCUGCUGACAUCGUCUCCUUCAGCAAGAAGAUGCUCACUGGAGGUUUUUACCAUAAAGACGAGCUGCAGGCAGACAAGGCCUACCGUAUCUUUAACACGUGGAUGGGUGACCCGUCUAAGAACCUGUUUCUGGCUGAGGUUCUGAACGUGAUCCGCAGAGAGAACCUUCUGGAGGAGGUGACCCGCUCUGGAAAGACUCUGCUACAGGGACUCUACCAACUACAGGACCAGUACCCUAACCUGUUGAGCAGUGCUCGGGGACAGGGGACAUUCUGUGCCAUCGACAUCCGUGAUGACGCCACACGCAACAGCAUCCUCCUCAAAGCCCGGGACAAGGGUGUUCUGCUGGGUGGCUGUGGAGAUCGGUCCAUCCGGUUCCGUCCUGCUCUGGUGUUUAAAGAGUACCAUGUUCACAUGUUCCUGAACGUGUUCAGCGACGUCCUGGCAGAACACAACUAGAACGCUGUCCCGGACCCGUCCAUACUGGACUGGGCCAAAACACCAACAUAGGGCCGAGACCAACUGGGGACGCGGUGUAGGAGAGAGGAAGCACGAGAGUCUUAACCUAUAACAGAGGUUCACACAGUAACACAUACACUUAAAAGGGAUGCUACGGGAUUUUGGCAAUGAAGCCCUUCUUUUUUUUUUCUCCUUCCCCAGAGUCAGAUGAUACUCGUGGAUACCAUUUUUUAAAUGUUAUCUGUGUGCUGUUUGAAAGAAGUUGCUAACUAGCGCAAUUGCUAACUAUCGCUAGCGCAAAUGCUAACUAUCGCUUGCGCAAUUGCUAACUAGCAUUAGCGCAAUUGCUAACUAGCAUUAGCGCAAUUGCUAACUAGCAUUAGCGCAAUUGCUAACUAGCAUUAGUGCAAUGACUGGAAACGUUGGCUCGUGAAACUACCUCUAACUUCCUUCAACCUGGACACAGAGACAUAAAACUGGUAUCCAGGAGUUUAUCUGACUCUGUGGAAGUAGAUAAAGGGCCUCACUGCCACAAUCCCGAAGUAUCCCUUUAACACAUACUCAAACACACACACUUGAAUUUGUCCCAUUGCUCAUGUGGCAGUCCUAGCAUUCCUCAUGUCUCAGUAAUGUCCUAAUGAUACGCCUGCAAAAAGGCACAAGCACAAAACAUAGUCUUAUUUAGGUCAUAUCACACAAACCCUCCAACUGUGGUUAUCAGCAAGCUAACCUAAACCAGGUUGUAAUGAUACAAAAUGGCCGCCGCACACCGAUUUUUAAACCCCUGACCCUUGAGAUUGUCCUAGCUCUUUUUAAACAGAACAAUUAUGUUUCCUUUUUUGGGGUUGAGAUAAAUCCAAGUCAGACAUUUGGGAUUUUGUGAAGGAAGAAUAUUAUAUUAGAUGAUGUAGUGUGUCUGCAUGUGGUUGUUCCUGAACUUCCUUUGGGGUUGAAGGAAUGGAGAACUGGGUUCCAGACUCACUGUACGUCAGGGCUAACCGUCUAUUUUAAACCCCUACUUAUUAACACAUAACCAUACUUACCUACAGAUAUACCCAUGUUUAAAUUGAAGGCAGGUUUUUUUCUUGCAGUCAGGACCGCUAAUAUAAAAGAUGUAUUAUAUUCGUUGACUUGUUUGGGACGUAGUCGUAUUAGAGUGCAUCUUGCCAUAUUCAUCCGGUUUCCUCCUGAAACGACUGGACUCAUUAUUGAUGUACAGCACAAGGUGUCGACGUUGUUCUGAAUGCCUGUUGUUUGUUUUUUAAAUGUUAUGAACAGGUUGAGAUAGCAGCAGUAUCACCAAGGAGACGGCUUCAGCAUCAGCACAGUAGAAGCUUUAUAAUAUGGCCAUGAUGAUGAUGACAGUGAUGACAGUGAUGAUGACAGUGAUGAUGACACCUGUCUUGUUAACCAGCCCAAUCAGUAUUGUAUAGAGAGCUGAUUUCCUGUUAACCCUUAACAGUAGAAGCUUUAUAAUAUGGCCAUGAUGACAGUGAUGACAGUGAUGAUGACAGUGAUGACAGUGAUGAUGACACCUGUCUUGUUAACCAGCCCAAUCAGUAUUGUAUAGAGAGCUGAUUUCCUGUUAACCCUUAACAGUAGAAGCAUGCUAUGUUUGUUUACAUUGUUCCGUGAGGUUAAAGGUUAUUGCAGAUCUCUUAAUUAUCGUUGUCUAUGAAGCAUUCUCUUUAUGUAUCCUAAA